AUGUCCCGUGCACGGUAUGGUUUGGCUGCUCCGUCGUGGGUGGGUGCGGAGUCCUCUAUGCGCGUGGACUUGGUGGGCUGUGAUCUUUUUGUUCCUUCUCCUAUGCUUUCACUUUUUUCCGCUCCCCUUUUUGCGACCUCUGCUUCCCUUCCUCGCCUUCUUGUUUUUUUCUUUUUCCUUGCUUCCUCGGAGCUUACCGACCCCUGCGACUCUGCUGCUGCUGCUACGACGGAUGGUGACGGCUACUGUGCGGCGCCGUGCUGUGUGCGCCCUGACGCUCCUCCGUCUGCGGGGCACCGGCGGUGCGUAGUGGCGGUGCGUCGCUGGUGA